AACAACUUUGGAGUAAAAACUGCAGUUGCAUGCCUCUCAAAAAGAAAAAAAAAAGAGAAGGGAACAAAAAAAAACAAGUGCAGCUGCAGCUACAGAAGAUGAUACUCCCAAAAUUCUUUCUUUAGAGAAGGAAGGAGGAGAGAAAUUCUACUAUCAAAGAACAGAAUAAAAAACAAGAGGGAGAGGAGAGGAGAGGAGAGGAGAGGAGAGGAGGGUGCUGCCGCUGUGCUUAAGCAUUCUUCUCCUCUCUCCCCCGGCCUCGUUCUUGGAGUAGGUGUCCUGGACGCUAAAAAAGGCCGCGCCUUUUGGCUCGUUCUUGAGACCGGAGAGAGAGAGGGAGCGAGAGAGAUGGCGCGCACCGAGAAGGUUGCCGGCGAUGGCUGCUCCGGUGGUGGUGGUGGUGGUGAAGGGCAGGUGGAGGUGGAGGUCGGGUUGGGGGUGGGGGUGGACGGGAAGGGGAUGACGGAGUGCCGGAUAUGCCAGGAGGAGGGGGAGGAGGACGCCAUGGACUCCCCCUGCGCCUGCACGGGCACACUCAAGUUCGCCCACAGGAAAUGCAUACAAAGAUGGUGUGACAAGAAGGGGAACAUCACAUGUGAAAUCUGCAACCAGGUUUACUCUCCAAAUUAUGUCCUUCCUCCAACCAAGUGUUGUUCCGAUGAAAUGGACAUGGACCUCAGGCAAAGUUGGGUUGGACGAAUUGAUCCCCAUGAUUCCCAUUUUCUUGCCAUUGCCAUUGCAGAGCAGCAGCUGCUGCAAGCUGAAUUUGAUGAUUGUGUAUCCUCAAAUUCAAGUGGUGCCACAUGCUGCCGAACUAUUAUUUUAAUUUUGAUGUUACUUUUGCUUGUGCGCCAUGUAGUCGUGUUUGUGAGAGAUGUUAGCAUGCUGCAGGAUGCAACGGUGUUGUUCAGCGCAACUCUUCAGUUCGCAGGAUUCUUUCUUCCUUGUUAUGUUAUAGCCCGUUCUUGCUAUGCCUUUCAACACCGGAGGCGAAGACAGGUUUAGGGGCUCCACCUGAACCUGGCUGGACCUGGAAGCAUACUCAACACAACUGAAACAACCUCACUGCAGAGAGAGGAGACGAAGAUGAAGCUUGUGAAGUUAACUCCACCCUUUGCUUGGAGCAUCUGCGAAAGAUUUGGCCAAGAUGUAGUAGCCGAUUUAGAUGAUGGGCCCUCGUGAAGCUCAACUGUACAUAGGAGAGCGACCCCUUUCGGCAAACAUUUAUGUCCUCAAAAUUGAAUUUUAGAGAAAAGAACAAGUGGAUUUAAAAAUUUCAGUGUCUUUCCAGCUGUUAAAUUUUUUUUUCUGAAGAAAUGUGAUCGAUAGCAAAAUAUCGAGCAUG